AUGGGUCGUAUUCAAUCUUAUCUAUCCGGCAAACGUCUUCUACGGUUACUCCUCGGAAUUCUGUUGAUUUUCUUAUUUUUCCACCUGGUCACUUUCAUCCGCAGUUUCACAUCCGGCGUCCAAUACACAAGUCCUAUUCAUGAAAUCACCCAUUUGUUACUUCGUUUUAAUGCGAAUCGAAGCAACUUUGUCCCGGGUGUGGUUAUAAUCGGUCGUCUCAAAUCCCCGCUACCCAACUUUCGAGACUCAUCCUCGGACACUAAGGAGUCAACACAAUCGACUCGUAUCGAUUUCAACAUUACUCCGUUAAUCUCGACCGGAUCGGAAGAUCUAAAUUUUCCUCUUCAUCUAGACUUCCCGGAACUGGUUCGACGAGUGUUAGCAAAUCAGAGUGUUCCGGUGAAACCGAUUAACCAACCAAAUUUCCGAAUCCUUGUCUCCAAUUCCCACAAGUGCCAUUCCUCUUCCCUCGUGUUCAGUGAGCGACCAGAUUUAUUAAUUCUCAUCAAAUCUGCCCCGUCGCAUUUCGCUCUGCGUGAUGCAAUCCGCGUCGGCUGGGGUGAUGAACGGUGUUGGGGUGGCCGUCAGAUUGCGCGACAAUUCCUCUUGGGAACAGUAUCUCCGAGCACGUCACAGACCGCUGUCCGUUUGAAACAAGAAAUCGAAACCUAUGGUGAUAUCAUCCAACAAGAUUUUGUUGAUCACUACUAUAACAAUACGUACAAGUUGAUGUUCGGCUUAGAAUGGGCUGUACGAUACUGUUCAAACGCGCAACUGAUCAUGUUUGUGGAUGACGAUUUUUUUGUCAUCCCCCAAAAUGUACUCGCCUAUGCCGAGGGUAUCAGCGAGGGUAUACGGGAUCGAUUGAUCAGUGGCUAUGUGUGGUCCAACGCUGUCCCGGUUCGCACAAAUCGAACGCAACGUGGCAAGUGGUUUGUUAGUAAAGAGGAAUUCCCCGACUCGCACUAUCCGCCGUAUGUGGCUGCCGGGAAUUUCUUUCUCAGUAUUCCGAUGGCUCGUGAAUUGAUUGUGGCUUCUCACUACACCAGAUACCUCCGAUUUGAUGACGUAUUUUUGGGCAUCAUAUUGAAGAAACUAGUCCGUACACCGAUUCAUUUGAAACAGAUUCACGCUUUCCACGGUCUCACUAAAGCUGCACCGAACCUCGCACAAAUGAUUUCUAGCCACCAGUUUAGCGAUCCGGUUUUACAAUUGGAAACAUGGGACCGCUUAAAUUGCAGCCAGUUCUGUGUGGAACGGUGA